AUGCUAUAUACAAAGAAAUUUGGCAAGGUCUGGGGCUACCAGGAGGGCCCCACAAACGUGUUGGUGAUCUCGGAUCUGAAAGACGUCAAAGAGCUCCUACACUCGAGAUUUGACGAUUUCCAGCAGAGAAAACCCUUAACACCUUUGUUUCAACCAGAGGCCGAUGAUCCUCAAUCACAUUUGGCCGAUUCAUGGGGUGCUCGAUGGAAACGUCUGAGGGCUCUCGUCUCUCCUCAGUUCUCUAAUAAUAGUCUCAAAAAGGUUUCCCCCACGGUCAGCGAUUCGGCAGCACAUUUGGUUGAACAUAUUGGAAAAAAUGCAGGAAAAGCUUCGAUUGAUAUACACACUUAUUAUCAAGAAUAUACAAUCGAUGUGAUUUCGAGAAUUGCGAUGGGACAAAAGGAAUCACGACAAUGGAGAAGUGACCUCUCGGAGACGCUGAAAUUUACAGUCGGCCGAGAUCCCCGCGAUGUAUUCUUUAUUAUAGCUACAGUGAUUCCAAGCUUGAAAAAGUAUCUACGCGCAUUUUUCAUCGCCUUAUCUCGAUUCUUUAAAUUGCCCACUGUGGAAUUGUUGACAACAAUCGAGAAAGCUGUGGCGGAACGAAAAAUUCAGAGGGCAAAGGGUGAGCUGUGCUCGAAAGAAAAGGAAUUGGUCGAUUUCAUUGAUCUUUUCUUGGAUGCUGAGGCUGAGGUUGAUCUGAAAGCAGAAGAGGGAAUAUCUGGCAGGAAUGCACAUAUAAUUCGUCGAAUGUUGGAAGAGGAGGUUGUCAUGCAAUGUUUCGUCUUUCUCUUGGCCGGCUUUGAUACAACAUCGAGUGCUCUCUCAUAUUCGACUUGGUAUCUCGCAAAGCAUCCACAAAUUCAACGCCGUCUCCAAGAAGAAAUCGAUCAAGUUUAUGGGGAAGAGGAAAUCUCCUAUGAUGGUCUUGGUGAACUGAAGUAUAUGGAUUGUGUGCUGAAGGAGACUCUCCGACUCAAUCCAUUGGGCACAGUGGUGGUGAGUCGAGUAGCUGGACAAGAUCUGGAACUGGCCGGGGUUCAACUUAAAAAAGGAGAUCAAAUACAAGUCGACGCCUACUCACUUCAGCGAGACAAAGAGAUUUGGGGCGAUGAUGCUGAAGAGUUCAAUCCGGAUAGAUGGCUCAAUCUUACUGUUGAGCAAAAAGAGGCCGAUCUUUCGUUCGGCGCCGGGCCUCGACAAUGUGUGGGUAUGCGACUUGCUAAUAUCGAGCAAAAAGUCGCUUUUGCAAGGAUCCUUCAAGAAUACGAUUUUGUUUCGGGGCCAAACACCGAGAAAGAACUUGACCUGGCUGGGUGGAUAACCGUCUCACCAAAAAGCGUCACUGUUGAUAUAAGGAAGCGAAAGAAA